AUGACGCACCCUAAGCUCAAUUCUUCCGGGCAUGCGGAGUCCUCGUCAAGACUCCGCUUUGUCCACCCGCUUCUCUGGCCAAGCAGACAUCUUGUCAAACUGCUUCACAGUCAGGCCAUAAAUUACCUCUUACGCGACACAACUAGCUCAACAGGUGGUCUCAUGGAUCACCAAUCCAAGCCCAAUGAAACAGUUUACUCUUACCCAGCUAUCAUCAACAGUACAAGAAUAUCCCGCUGCAACAAAUCUAUCUACAUUCUCUUGCUUCAUAUCUUGAGUAGCAUCUCCAUCGUCGGGAUAGUUCCCCAUUUCGAUUCUGCGCUUGUAGACUUUUGCGAGGAAUUUGAGACCUGGGAGCUACGUAGAACCAUGCCAGUUGAAUGUUUUGUGACAUCUACCACUAGUUAG